GGUUGACAAACUGUAAAGUUCUCUGGAUGUUUCAUUCAACCUGUCGGUUGAGGAAACGGGGAAGCUUUGAAUCUCACGUUUUAGAUAAGAUCAUACAAAAGAGACCAAACCUAUCGUUGUGCAACGGCGUUCGGCAGCAAAAAACAUCCUUAAAAUCUAUUGUGUCGUACAGGAAAUAAAGAACAGGACUUGAACACAACCUUGGCAUUUUGUGAAACUGGCAUAUUUACACCAGACAAGCAUCUUCAGACUUUGCUGAGAAGGUUGGACUAUCUUUUGGCCUCCAAGUCUGUUCAGUCUGACCUCCUUGAAGGAGGGAUACGAUUCCUCAGCUUGCUUCCUUACUGGCUUCAUCAAAUGUAGCUAAAAAUAUCAGACUGCUACGAGCCAUUCCGGUACUGUAAUACCUCAUCUUCUGACACACAAUUUGAAUACCGAGACCCAGAAUACGCUGGCCUGGCUCAACCAUGCACUUGGAGGUGAAGGUUGCCCUGAACUUUAUUGUGUCCUACCUGUAUAACAAGCUCCCACGUCGCCGAGCAGACCUUUUUGGGGAAGAGCUGGAGAGGAUACUGGUUUCACGCUUUGAGGGCCACUGGUACCCCGAGGCUCCUCUCCGGGGAUCUGCCUUCCGCUGUCUGCACCUCGGAGCUCCCUGGGACCCUGUGGUGGAGCUGGCAGCCCGGAGGAGUGGCCUGGACACAGAGGAGGUGCGUGCUAACGUACCCUCAGAGCUGAGUGUAUGGAUUGAUCCCUACGAGGUGUCCUACCAGAUUGGGGAGAAGGGAGCUGUGAAAGUUCUGUACCUGGAGGACCCACCGGGCGUAGGAGGGGCAGGAGAGAGGCCAGAAGGAGGGAAUGGCGAUAGUAAAGGAGACAUCGAUGCAGAAGAGGCCAAGAGUAUUGGGUUCAACCCGGAGGCACAGGUGUUUGUUCCCAUUGGAGGACAGGUGUCCCCGGUCCUGCUCUCCUCUCUCUCCAGCUCCCCUACACCCCUCUCCUCCUCGUCCUGCCCUGGACUCUACAGCUACCCUGGCUCCAGCACCCCCACCAACCCCACCACCCAUUCCUCUAACACCUCGACACCCUCCCCUCCCAGCGGGGCUCUCCCUUACCUACCCUCCCAGCAGCAGCCUCCCGCCGCCCUGCCCAACAUCCGGCCGCCCCUGCAGCCCAUCACCUUCACCACCGCCAGUUUUGCUGCAACUAAAUUUGGCUCCACCAAGAUGAAGAAGUGUGGCGUGUCUGGGUCUGGCAGCAGCUCAGGGGUGGGUGUCCCUCCUCCCCAGAGGAUGCUCUCCCGCUCCCCCACCACCAUCUCCCCCCCAGGGCUGCUGAAGCACAAGCCCCUGUCCCUCUCCCUGCACUCCCUGGGGGGGGGCAUCCCCAGCCAGCUCUCCCCCAACGCCAAAGAGUUUGUAUACCCAGGAUCCCCGGGGCCGCUCUACUUUGACACAGAUGGCUCUGGGCCCAUGCCCGCUCAUGCCAGCCCCUUUCAACCCCCUCACCCUGCCCACUCCCACCCCGCCUUCGACCCCUUCUCUAGCCCCCCACCAGGCCCAGCCGUGGGCUUGAUUGGGGGCAACAGUGGGAUCUCCUACAUGGAGAAGCCCCCCUUCGUGGAGGGCCUAGGAGGCUACAACCUGCAAUAUCCCAGCCAGGGCUUCCAGUCUGUGGUGCUGGCCAACUAGUCCUUUACCCAGUUACGAUGAUGUGUUGAGUAUUACUACGACAGAUGGUGGACAGUGAUGCUCUUAAAAAAUUACUGUUAUGUUUUUCUAAAUGUGUUCUUAACAAUUCUACAGCUAAGGGUUAUUUUUCUUUCUGUUAAUACCACAUCCAAAACAUUUAAUGUGAUCCGUCUCAAGUACACUUUUGGCACAGUUUUGUCUGGCUGUUCUGAGAUUCAGUUUUGAGUUUGUCUUCAACCAGAGGAGUAACCAGCCUCCUGUUGCACAUUGAAUGUUCCACUUAUAAAGAUGUCCUUGGCUUGCUGGUCUGGCAGAAGUGUGUGUGUGUGUGUGUGUGUAUUGGUUUGCAAUUUUGCACUGCACAGUCAUGCUGUGAAGAGGGAUUGUCUUAUAGAAUGGUGGUCGAAGUGCAGCUCUUUGCUUUGCAAUUGGUGCUGCACUCGUUGACAAGUUAACAGAGGGGACUGUGCUGUGUUGCUGUAUCUCUCUGUUGGCUCUAAUGCUCGACAUCCCUCUGUUUUUAUAAUGGAUCUUUUUACUUGGAUUUCAUUCUCUCUCACACACACACACACACACACACAGUCCAAACAAUUUUUCGAAUCUAUUCAGUUGAAAGUGAGUUUGGUUGUCGGUUGUGAGUCAGUGUAGCGGACUAAGCAUUUGCGUGUGGGAGCAGGGUGGGGGCAGGUUAAAGCACUUGUGUUUUGAAAGGAAAAAUUACUGUUGGGAAGGUCAGAGGACCUUGGUGAACGUGAGGAGAGACAGGGAGAGAGUGAGUUGAUCUUUGCGUCUUAGGAUAUAACAUACUAAUCUCUAACACGCACACAAAUGUAUAUGCACGCACACACAUGCACUGUCCAAGUCAGCAGUGUGUGAAGGUGAACAUGACGGGGAUGGGAUGCAUUUAAGUAGUGGGGGAUUGCGAUUAAUGGCUUAGGACUGUCAAUGAAGGAGAGCUCUUACUCUGCAGGGAAACAAGGAGGGGAGGGCAAGACUGGGGUAUCUAGCAAGUUCUAUCACCUUUGGCAGUUGGGGUACAUUUGGCCGAGAUCAACACUUAUAAACCCAGAGCAUGUUUUUGGUGAGCCUGUGUUGCAUAGCAGCCAACAACUCACCCUAACAAGCUCACUCGCUCCCCUGUUCUUUUAAUCCCUAAUUAUCUCUGUUCCAGUUGCUGCUGCUCUUGUCUAAGAUGAAAAUCAAACAAAAAGCUGUUUUUUGUGGGCAGUGAGGACUACGAAUGUGAUGCGAUGUAGUGUUUUAGUAAUUUUGAUCCUUUCAUGACUACUUGAUCCAAGUGAUCCUCCAGCUCUGUGGAAUAGAUGGUAGCUAGUUUGUCAUGAGGGGGUAGGGCAGCCUCAGUCCUCAAUGUCCUUCUUGAGCCAUCCAGCACUUUAUGUACAUAUAUUUCUGGGUCACAGAGAACACAUUCACCCGCCUCCAUCCCAGUCAUGAAGGGAGCUGCUUAACAUUCUCAUUCCCUUGUCCUUUUUGUUGUUUUUUUACGAUGGCCCAUUGUGUUAGUUAUAUUUGCAAGGUGUCAGUGAGUUGAGGUGGGGGGCAGUUUAGCAAUCAUUUGAAUGUUAUUUUCUUAUUUCUAGCUAUGCCCAUUAAUGUCUGUGUAUAAGCUAACCUGAUGACCCUUGACUUGUGCUCACUGGCAUUGCUACGUGACGGUCGGUCAUAUGCAUGCACUCAGUCCUGAGAGUUGUCUUUGUUUUUGUUCAUUCAGUUUAGGGGGGUGGGGUGGGGAGAACCGAGAUCACUUUAUAUAAAUGUUGCGAUUGUGAGGGAAGGGUGCAUUUUUACAUUUGUUUGUAACUUCUUUACAAUUUUUCUAUUUUUUUUUCCCCCUGUUUUUUCAAAAGAAUUAUCAAAGUACAUUUAUAAGGGUAAGACAUUAUACUAUAACUAUAGAAAUAUGUAAAGAUUUCUUAUGUUCAGAUUUCCUUCAUUUAGUUUCUUAUUUGCUGAGGUUAUUUUUUCAGAAAAUAACUAUAUAAACAUAUAUGCAAGUUGAGACAAAAAAAAUUGAUGUAUAAAGUAUUGAAUGUGUAUUGUUCCUGUAUAGAAUUUCUCCAAUAAAAGACGGGUAAAUGUAAACUCAAGUUGGGUUUGUGGAGGGUUUCAGGCAUGAAUGUUUACAGUGGCGCGUUGAUGGGAAAUCAAACUCAAACUUUGAUCUAGUUUGUGUACUCAGUCAUUUCCAGUUUGUCCAAAGGGCAGUCUGGGAACAGUCUCCUGCUCCCUCACACCAUGUUAAAUCACUGCAACCAUAGAGAUUUAAAAGGGAUUGGUCAAAACUAUAAAUCCUAAAUGACCUCAACCAAAAAUCCCAAUUGAUCUGCCUGCAAAUCUGAAUUUAUCCAGGGUGUCUGGUUUUUUACCAGUCGUGAUGCUCUCUAAUUGCUUCACACCCAUAAUCCUGUUUGCUGUCUCAUGAUGUCACACGUCCUGUGUUUUAGCCUACCAUGUCAACCUCUGGUUCCUUUCCAGUCCUGAAUCUGGUGUGUUCUUGUCCAUUCCCAUACAUGAUACUGGAAUGUAGGCUAAAUGUCAGCAUUUAUAUGUACACCACAUUUAUGGGAGUGGACAAGUGCUGCAUUGGGACCUAAACAAAGAUCAUGCAACAGAAUGUUGAGAUUACUUAUUUUUAUAUAUAUAUAUAAUUACAUACUUUCAUAUAGUGUUUGUUGGUCUCCAUAUUGGUCAUGUCCUACAGACACAGCCAUAGGGGCUGACCCUGACCCUGUUUCUAAGCAGUGUCGUCACCAUAUUCUAGUUCAGUGAGGUGGUUUAGGGGGUCAUAUUCCUUAGUGCAGAUGUUCCAGUCCAUCCUUAUUAAAUAAGAUGUCGGUAUUCAAAGCAGGUGAAGAUGGAUAAGCAAUGAAUGUGAUCGUUCCGUGAUUAGGUAAUCCUGGUGAUAGACAGCUAGUCUAAUGAUGGAGGCAAGCUAUUUGAACCUUUUUGCUUUCCCCCUCUCUCCUCACUCUCUUUCUCCCUCUGUUCCUUUUCUGUGACCUCUGUUUUAGUCCAAACCCAAACUUGCCAAAGGGCCCCGUCCCUUCUGCUUUCUGUCUUUGGUCAGAUUACUGUGUAGGCAUACAUGGUUUGAUAUUAAUUAUUGGGACCUGGAAGUGAAAGGUCCAAAGGUGUGUUGAUGGCUACACAGUUAAGUGACCUGAAGGUAAUCUGCUGGAUGGGGGGGAUCUCACUACAUGGCAUGUUUUGUUACAUAAUUUAAACAAAUGAAUAACAGAUUAGAAAAGGUGUUCCAUAUAUCUUUUUAAAUAAAAAUUAAAAAAGGCUUUUAAAAUCUACAAACUCUGCUGCUCUGUCACCAGGAUGAAAUCUGACUGCGGUUAAACCAUUUUCUAUUCUUGUGUCCCUUGCUUAUAUCUAUGUAUUUUAUUUUGCACUUUGGAAUAUUUUGUUGUAAUAAAAAUACAUUUAUUUUCUAUGUAAGAUUUAACUGUAAAGACUAAAUAUUAUAAUUAAAGAAGCUAUAUUAAUAUAGUGCUUUCUUUUUUGCUUGUAUUUUGUUAUUGUUUUUCCUAUUUUGUAUCUUAUCUGUACACCCUGUAGAUGUAUAUGAUGAAUCUUUCACUACUGAAAUGCAAUGACCUGUUUUCUGUGCUGCCCCGUUAACAUGGGGACUUACUACUGCAGUUUCCUAUUGUAUCAGAUUCUUUUUUAAGUUUGUAAUAAAACCGAAUGGCAAAAAUAAGCAUGGAAAAUAA